AUGGCGUCAAACGAUUGUCAAACAAAAUGUUUAAAAGACUUAAAAUUGGGCGAAGAGUUUGAUUUCGAGAAAGUGGUACUCAUUAGAGGACAGACACCCCAUGAUAUCAAAGAGCGGUGUUUGCAGUUAUGUAGAGACUAUUUGGCCCACAAUUGGAUCCAACAAACCGUGGACUCAAUACAAGUCCGAAGAAUAACUGGGGGUUUAACUAAUCAGUUAUACUAUUGUGGAGUCAAUGAGCCCUCCCUUACAUCCACUGCACCUCAAGAGGUGGCCAUCAGAUUGUAUGGCAAUAAGUUGUAUAACAAUAUGACUGGUGAUGCGAAUGAGACACUGAAUGACAGGAGUAGUGAACGGCUGAGUGAUGUCAUCACAUCUCUGAUACUAUCGGAGACACAAUUGGGACCAAAAAUAUACGGACUCUUCGAAGACGGACAGAUCCUACACUACUAUCAGCACCGACAGUUCAAACUUGAGGAGCAAAAGGACCCGAAACUGGUUGAGGAACUGUUCCGAAAGAUAGCUCGAGUCCACGCCCUCGACGUCCCCCUCCCGAAGAGGCACUGGAUCUUCAGAAGGAUUGACUACAACUACGAGGAGGCGUACAGAAGACAUGCCAUUAAUGAGAUGAUAGAAGAGCUAAACUGCGAGACAAUCAAAAGCCACGAUUUGAAGGCUGAGGUCCAGUGGCUGAAGGAUAUGAGCGUCAAAAUAGACAGUCCUCUCGUGUUUUCACACAACGAUCUCUUCAGCCCUAAUGUAUUGGUUUUAGACAAUAAGACCGCAUCUGGGGAUCAGUUAGUUAUCUGUGAUUUUGAAUAUAGCAGUUAUGGGUUCAGGGGAACUGACCUGGGCACCAUUAUCAACGAAUGGGGUCGACUCUGGAAUGACACCCUAACUGUGCACACCUUUGCGGACGACUCUGCGAUCAAACAAUUACUUCAAUACUAUAUCUCGGAAAAUGAGAUAAUCUUCGGAAAGAGUUGGUCUCAAAAUGGGAUGAAUUCAACGGAACAACUGCUAAAAGAAGUGAAAUUGUUUGCAUUGAUUUGGAAAAUGCAUUUAAUUUUGUUGUGUCUCAAAAUGGAUGAAGCGAAUGACGACUUUCCUAUGGAUAAAAAGUUGCUUGUUCACUUGGCUGAAAAGGAGUAUGAAAACUAUUGGCGUAUAAAGAGUGCAUUCAUUCAACAAAAUGCUUUUGAUUGA